AUGAGGGCCUCGGGCCGCGGUCCACAGGCACUUGCGCUUGCCACUCACUCGUCUCGACGAAUCUACGAGAGGGUGCAGAUGAACCUUGAACUGCUAAACCCGUUCGAGAACCCACUGCCCGACGCCAUCCAGCACUCGCUGCUCGACGGGUCUGCAGCAUGCGUGGGGUACAACAGGCGAGGAACACUGCUUGCUGUGGGCUGCAAUGAUGGAAAAGUUCUGGUGUACGACACUUUGACCAAGGGCAUUGUCCGCACCCUCUCUGGUCAUGUCCAGACAGUCUCCUCAGUGGCAUGGUCGCGCUCGGGCCGCAAGCUCCUCUCGACGGCUACUGAUUGGGAUCUGAUUCUGUGGGAUGUGGCUACAGGCGAGAUCGAUGCCCGCGCUCAUCUCUCGAGCAUGGUCCUGGCCGGCUCUAUGCAUCCCAAGCUCAAUCGUGUUGCGCUUGCCAUCCAGCACCUGGUGGGCCCGGUGGUCGUCACCUUUGCCCAAGGCUCGGAGAUCGACACUAGCCGCAAGUCCAGCGUCCGCGCCCUCCCGCGGCUAGCUGCUCUGGACGGAUCGGUGGUGGAAGGGCCGGCAGGUGCCGAGGUUGCCGUCUUCUCCAUUCUUGGCAAGUAUGUGUUUGGCGGCACGCCGUCGGGCGUGGUGUACCGGGUGCCGUUUGUGGGCGAGGACGGCGGUGAGAUGCCGACGCCGACGGCAGCUGACAUUGUGGUCCAGACCGGUGCCGGCGUCAAGGACAUUGUCUUUGCGCGGUCGGGCAAAUUUAUGCUGGUCAACUGUGCCGAUCGCUCGCUCCGGCUGUACGGGCUGGCGUCGGACGAUGUCGGGGUGCCUGGGUGCGACGCCAGCAGCGUCACGGCGUCCGAGUGCUUGCACCGGUUCGAGGACCUUGUCAACCGCAUCCAGUGGACGUGUGUAGCGUUCUCAAUGGACGGCGAGUACGUACUCGCGUCGUCGGCCGAGUCGUCGCAGCACAACAUCCUCGUAUGGGAUGCUAAGGACGGGACGCUGGCCAAGAACCUCGAGGGCCCCAACGAGGGCAUUCUCGCCUUUACCUGGCACCCGCUCCGGCCCAUGGUGGCAUCGACAUCGACCAAGGGCUCGGUCUUUGUCUGGGGCACCACCAUUACUGAGAAUUGGUCAGCAUACGCGCCUGACUUUGAGGAGCUGCAGGAGAACACCGAAUACAUCGAGCGCGAGGACGAGUUUGACGUGAUCGACGAGUCGGCGCGCAAGGCCGCGGCCGAGGCGCAGGCCUCGCGCGAGCACGAAGCCGGCGCCGUCGACGUCGUCACCAUCCAGCCGCUCCCGUUCGAGACUGACUCGGACAUCGAGUACCGCGACGAGGACGGCGAGCCGGAGCUCACCCACGUGCCCGUCGACCCCAUCCGAGACUCGGCACUCCGCCCUCGCAUCGAGCUGCCGACCGACGACGGCCCGCUCGAGUCGAUGCUUCUCCCGACCAUCGAGGAAGAGAAGCGCGCGGCGCUCGCUGCCGCCGCCGCCGCAGCAGCAGCAGCAGCCGUGUCCACCGCGUCGGGCUCUGUUAAGCCUGCCGCUGCCGCACCGGGCGCCAAGUCGUCACGUAAGCGCAAAGCCGAAGCGGGCAGCGAAAAGACUGGCAAGAGCUCGGCGUCCAAGAAGCGCAAGGCCAGCCGAUCGUCGGCUUCGGCCCGCUCGGGCCCGCCGCCGCUGCCGGACCCACUGCCCGAGGGCUGGGCCACCUGGUCUAAGAUGCGGCAAAAGGCGUACUGCUCGAUCGAGACCGCGCCCAACUCGUACUACUACCGCCACCUGGCGCCCGGCGAGGAGCCCAAGUCGGGCAAGUGGGACGAGGAGGAGCACAAGCUCUUCCUCGACAAGUACCGCGAGUUUGGCGCGGCAGUCACCUCGUGGGGCCUCUUCUCCCGCCACUUUCCCGGCCGCGUCGGCUAUCAAGUCCGCUCGCACUUUGUUGCCUGCAUCCGCGAGGGCAUCAUCACCGACACCUCGCUCCCGAUUGUUCGCGUCGAGCUCGAAAAGGCUGCCAAGGAGAAGGCCGCACGCGCCGCAAAGAAAGCUGCAGCCGCGGCCGCGGCCGCGGCCGCUGCUGCUGCUGAUGCUGCUGCGCCGAUGGAAGCCACCCCUCCCGUAACCGCUACCGCGGGCCCUGGUCCGGACACUGCGCCGAUGGAAGCCACCCCUCCCGCAACCGCUACCGCGGGCCCUGGUCCGGACACUGCGCCUAUGACGGUCAUCAAGCCCGAGUAG